UAACCUAUCCAAAAAUGUUGAGUUUUUAUGAUAUAUGAGCAGUUAAAGUAUGUUUUUUGAAUGGACCAUAACCUAAAAGAAAGAGAAGCUGUAAUAUAGGUGUCUUUCAAAUAGUUUUAAAAAUGGAUUUGAAAGAUAUUGUGCAGUGUCCAUUGAAGAUGAAGAACAGUAUAGGUUCAAAUGUUGAAAUAGAGACAGUGGACAAGAGAAUGCACACAGGAGUAUUACAUUGCAUUGAUCCAAUGAGUUCAGCUAUAGUGCUGAUCAAUGAGAAUGAGACAGAAAAUGAGAUCUCCAUAAUUAAUUUUAACUCUGUGCAAAAAUACAAGACUAUUUCUCCAGGCUACUUUAUUGAACAAUGUGUACCAAUAGAUGCAGUAACAUUAAUAGAUGAAGAUACAUUAAGGCUGAAAAGAGAGAAACUAAGAGACUGGUUCAAACUAAACUUAAUUGACAUAGAAGAAGAUGGAAAGGUUCUGAAAUACAAAGAUUAUUUAAUUGUAGAACCACCAUAUGAUACUGAGCACUGUUAUUGCACUAACACCAUCAUACUCGAGAGAAUCUACGAUUUGAUAAAUAAGAUGCCAUCAUAGUUUUACUUUUUUAUUUUCUUAAUUGGUUGGAAGAAUUCACAAUUUUGUUGCCUGUUCAGAUGUCGUUCCAUGUGUUUCUUCAAGUUUGCUUUCUGUGUGAAGGUGGCUGUGCAAUCUUCACACUGGUAUUUCACCCCCUGAUGGAUGAGCAUGUGUUUAUGUAAAUUUGAU